CGCCCGUGGCUCGGCGGCGGCGCCUUCCUCGGUCCCGGGGCCCGUCCAGCCUGGCCUCGGACACUGCCGGGGGCGGGACAGCCACAGCUGGUCUGUGCCAGAGCUCACCACCCUCGCAGAGGAUUUCUUCCCAGUGUCCCAUCUGUCCCUGCCCUCUGGCAGUGGGAAGCAGUUCUGUCUUAUCCCGUCACUCCGAGCCCUUGUCCCCAGUCCCUCUCCAGCUCUCCUGGAGCCCCUUUAGGCACUGGAAAGGGCUCUGAGGUUUCCCAGAGCCUUGCCUUCUCCAGGCCAACAUGCCCAGUUUUCCAGCCUGGCUGCAGAGCAGAGGGGCUCAGCCCUCGGAACAUCUCCAUGGCCUCCUCUGGAGUCGCCCCAGCUGCUCCGUGUCCUUCUCACGCUGGACACAGCUCCAGGAGCUGGAGCAGGAGCCGGGUUUGGAGUGGGCGCCGGAGCCUGGCAGCGCCGCAGAUAAGGGGGAUGGACCUCCCUCACCUCACGAGUCCCACUGACCUCCCCAAGCACAUCCUGGAUGUCUGGGUCAUCGUGUUGAUCAUCCUGGCCACCAUCCUCAUCAUGACAGUGCUGGUGCUGUGCCCGGCCACGGCCGUCAUCAUCUACCGAGUCCGAGCACACCCCACGCGCAACGGCAUCGUGUGAGCCACAGGCACGGGGGAACGGCCAGCUCGCUGGGCUGGGGGCUACAGCCAUGGGGCCCUGUGCCAGGCACCUUGACAGGGCACCCUGAGAGCUGGAGCCUGGGCAGGAGCUGGGCCAGCAAGUGGGCCAGCGCCCAGACCUGCUCCCGUACCUGGCUCUCGCUGGGUACCCACUGCUCAUUUUGCCCCCUGAGCGCUCAGGGACCGUGGGGGAAAUGACAGCGUGGGCAGCAGUGGGGAGAGGUGUGACUUUGAGGACACGUCCAGCUGGAAAUAUCUCACUCCCAUGAGGGAGGCAGGCUGGUCUCACCUUCACUGGUGACACUGUCUCCUCCCAGGCAAGCAGCAAGGAGUGGAAAUGCCUGAAAAAAAUAUUUCUUCUUCGGAGUCCCAGCUGUCAAGGUGGUUGGGGAAAAAAGAGUCAAAGCAAGAUGGAUGUGGCUUCUGGUUGUGCAUUUAGUGCUUGGCUAAAAGCAUCAGUGACAGAGCUAGUGCUGCUAGCACAGCAGACGUGCAGCUGGCACCAGCUUCUCCUCUACCCAUUAUCUACUGAAAUGGUAGGAAAAUCCUGCAGGGCUCUUGGUUCUUCUGGGUCUUGUGGGGCAGAGGAGUAUGUGCAGUUCCUGCCAGCCCUCCUGUCUGCACUCCCCACUCCUGACAGUGAGAGCUCCCACUGUCUGCCCAGCACACCAGCCCUGCUGGGAGUCUGUGCAUGCCUCACCUGGGCAGGUAAAGCGGGAGGAGCAGGUUUGUGCCCAGCCAGUGGCAAGGGAUCAUGUAAGCUCUUGUAUUGCCCUUUGUUAUGAAAUAAAUGGACUUUAUCCUUCA